AUGGGGGUGGAUGCUGGACAGAAAGCAGCCAGCCUGUGGGGCGUGACUGUCCACCCAGGAACAAAGGUGGAAGCCCAACCUGCCUCUCUGGCAGCUGGCAAAGCAAUAGGCGGGUGCCUCGGCUCAGGCCAGGACGGGCAGUGCGCUGGGGCCGUGCCGGUGCGGAGGCGCAUCGACUGCCACCCGCAGCCGGGCGCUUCCCAGGAGGCCUGCGAGGCACGGGGCUGCACCUGGUGCGCCACCGACGUGGCCAAUGCUCCCUGGUGCUUCUUCCCUGAGGACAGUCCCUACGGCUACUCCCUGGCCGGGAGCACGGAGCAGACAGCCAAAGGCUGGAGGGUAACGCUGAACAAGCGCCAGGCCCUGUCCCUCUUCGGAAAUGACAUUUCCCCAGUCGUCUUGGAAGUGGAGUUCCAGACAAGGGACAGACUCCGGUUCAGGCUCUAUGACCCCAACAGACAGCGGUUUGAAGUCCCACUCAAGAUCGACUCCCCUGGGGUCACCGCUGAUGAGGCCAGCUACGAUGUGGAGUUUGCGGAUGACUCCUCGCACCUCAGGAUCAAGAGGAAAAGCACCGGCACUGUGCUGUGGGACAGUCCUCUGAUUGAUCUGUUUUUCUCCAACCAGUAUCUUCAGAUCACAACUACUGUGCCAUCAACUUCACUGUAUGGGUUUGGUGAACAUGAGCACAAGUCCUUCAAACACAGCAUGGACUUCGUUACCUAUGGCAUAUUCAGCAGGGAUCAGGCACCAACGCCAUUUGCCAACCUCUAUGGAGUUCACCCUUUCUAUAUGUGUGUAGAAGCUGACUCCAACGCACACGGUGUUCUCCUUCUGAACGCCAAUGCACAAGAUGUUUCUCUGAGUCCAAACCCAUCUUUAACUUUCCGUACUAUUGGAGGGAUCCUUGACUUCUAUGUCUUCCUUGGACCGACUCCCGAAAAUGUAAUUCAGCAAUACACAGAGGCCAUUGGACGCCCACACAUGCCUGCCUACUGGUCUCUGGGAUUUCAUCUCUCUCGAUGGGGAUAUGGCAGCCUUGAUGUGUUGAAGAAAACUGUCGAUCGCAUGCGCUACUAUGAUAUCCCAUAUGAUGUCCAACAUUUUGAUAUUGACUACAUGGAACGUCGCCUGGACUUCACCUAUGAUAAAGUGAAUUAUGCAGGUCUGCCAGAGUACCUCCAACAGCUGAAGAAGGAAGGAAUGCACAAUGUCGUGAUUCUGGACCCUUUCAUAGCUAAAGAUGAAGAACCGGGCACUUAUAGGCCUUAUGAUCUUGGACAGGAAAUGGGAGUCUGGGUGAACAACUCCGAUGGUGUAACUCCUGCUGUUGGAAAGGCCUGGCCCCCCGGAGAAUCAGUGUUUCCUGACUACACCAGCCCCAGGACAGUUGAGUGGUGGACCCAGAUGUGUCUGGAGUUAAAGGAUGUCCUUGACUACGACGGGAUCUGGAUUGAUAUGAAUGAACCAUCCAAUUUCUUAAGAGGCCAGUAUCCUGGAUGUGCUGUUAAUGAUAUCAAUAACCCUCCUUACAUCCCUA